ACAGCUUUAUGUAGCUCCUAAACAUUGCUUGCUUGGUAGUGCUGUCCUCUUGAAAGGUUAUUCUUUUGCAAACGAGUGGGUUUGGUUUGAACAAAAUCAUGGCACUGACAACGAUAAAGGACGGGGAGUAUACGGCUACUGUUUACAAAAUGAUCAAAGAUGGACGUUAUGGAGAUGCCAUCCAAAUACUAAACAACGAGUUGGAAAAACAAAUGAAGUCAAGGGCUGCACUGUCUCUGCUGGGUUACUGCUACUACCACAUCCAGGACUUCACCAAUGCUGCAGAGUGCUAUGAGCAGCUUACACAGCUACAUCCCGAAGUGGAGGAGUAUAAACUCUACUAUGCCCAGUCUCUCUAUGGAGCAUGUGCUUUUUCUGAUGCCAUGAAAGCCACGUUUCUCCUGGAUAACCCAACCAGUCAUACUAAAAUGAUAAAACUGCAAGCUGCCAUAAAAUACGGAGAAGAGGAGUACGCUGGAGCCAAGACUCUGGUGGAGCAGCUGCCUCAGGACGAUCCUGAUUACGAGGUGGAUCUUGGCUGCCUGCUCUUCAAGGAGGGGGAGUACGAGGAGGCCUGCAAGAAGUUCAUGUCCUCCAUGCAGGUGCUGGGCUACCAGCCAGAUCUGGCAUACAAUAUUGCCCUCUGCCACUACAGUCUAAAACAGUACGCAUCAGCUCUGAAGUACAUCGCAGAGAUCAUAGAGCGUGGCAUACGAGAACAUCCAGAGCUGAGUGUUGGCAUGACGACGGAGGGCAUCGAGGUGCGUAGCGUGGGCAACACGCUGGUGCUGCACGAGACGGCCCUGAUCGAGGCCUUCAACCUCAAGGCGGCCAUCGAGUACCAGCUGAAGAACUAUGACGCCGCCCAAGAGGCCCUGACUGACAUGCCCCCCAGAUCUGAAGAGGAGCUGGAUCCGGUCACGCUGCACAACCAGGCCCUGAUGAACAUGGACUCCAAGCCCAGCGAGGGCUUUGAGAAGCUGGCCUUCCUGCUGCAGCAGAACCCCUUCCCUCCAGUCACCUUCGGAAACCUGCUCCUCCUCUACUGCAAAUUUGAGUACUUUGACUUGGCUGCUGAUGUCUUGGCUGAAAACGCCCAUUUAACAUACAAGUUCCUGACGCCGUAUCUCUAUGAGUUUCUAGAUGCCAUGCUCACCUGCCAAACAGCUCCCGAAGAGGCUUUCAGGAAAUUAGACGAUAUUGCGGGGAAACUAACUGACCAGUUACGGAAGGUAGCUAAACAGGUACAGGAUGCAAAAGUGACAAGGGAUGAUGAAGGCCUCAGGAAGGCUCUACACGACUAUGAUGAAGUGCUGGAGAAGUACAUCCCGGUGCUGAUGGCACAGGCCAAGAUCUACUGGAACCGGGAGAACUACAGCAUGGUGGAAAAGAUCUUCCGGAAGUCGGUGGAGUUCUGCCAAGAGCACGACACCUGGAAGCUGAAUGUGGCCCACGUGCUGUUCAUGCAGGAGAACAAGUAUAAGGAGGCCAUAGGCUUCUACGAGCCCAUCGUCAAGAAGCACUACGACAACAUCCUGAAUGUGAGUGCAGUAGUGCUGGCCAACCUCUGUGUGUCGUACAUCAUGACCAGCCAGAAUGAAGAGGCUGAAGAGUUGAUGAGGAAGAUUGAGAAGGAGGAGGAGCAGAUUUCAUAUGAUGACCCAGACAAGAAAGUGUUCCACCUGUGCAUCGUCAACCUGGUCAUAGGGACGCUGUACUGUGCCAAGGGGAAUUAUGAUUUUGGCAUUUCCCGCGUCAUCAAGAGCUUGGAACCUUACAGCAAAAAGCUGGGAACAGACACCUGGUUCUACGCCAAGCGCUGCUUCCUGUCGCUGCUGGAGAACAUGAGCAAGCACAUGAUCAUGCUGCGGGACACCGUGGUGCAGGACUGCAUCCAGUUCCUGGAGCACUGCGAACUGCAUGGUAAGGAUGUGACGGCCAUCAUAGAGCAGCCUUUAGAGGAGGAGCGGCUGCACAUUGGCAAGAACACUGUCACCUACGAGUCCCGCAUGCUCAAGGCCCUCUUCUAUGAAGUCAUCGGCUGGAACCAAUGAAUCCCCCACACCCAGCCAACCAGCAUCUUUACUUUUUCCCUCACAUAAACACACAAACUGCUCUUUCACAAUCUCAUCACUGGGGAGUUAUCCAUCACUGGAUUUCACUGAAGGUGUCAUCAGAGACUGAAGGAUCCAAAUGUGUUUGUGACACGCUCUGUUGUUUUGGACACGUGUGUCAUUUCAAAGUCACAGGAGGAGGAGACGAAUGUGUGUGUCGUCAAAGCCAGUCUGCUGUGUGACAGUAACUACCAUCACUAUGGACAAAUAGGCCAUUCACAACCAGUGCAUCACUCAUGAUUGUGUUAUAAUGCCAGCAAUGUUGGCAGUAUGAGAUAUGGGGACCAAGUUCCAAUUCAUCUUUUUUAUAAUCCUGUAUUGGUCUGACAGCCAAUAGUUUGAGUUGCAGUGGAAUAUGCAUUAUUUAGAGUUUAGUGCUCUUGUUUGAAACCCACCAUUGUGUUUUUGUGUGUGUGUUCCAGCUGGCGGGAUUGAGACAGGAGAGAAAAAAGGAGAAAACUCAAUAUUUACACAUUGAAAACAUCACUAUUUAUUACUCUUGGAGGUUGAAAGUUUGCUCUGUUUUAAAAGCAUUCGUUUCUCUCCUGUUUUAAUGUGCUGUUUGCUUUUCUCUGAAAGAAAUGCAAAAAAUCUCAAGAGUACAUUAUUUUUUAAACAAAGUAAAAACAACUGUUUAUAUCACAUCUUUGUACAUCAUAUCAGAUCAAAAGUAUAAAAUAAAAGAAUAAUAAUAAUAAGAAGAAAGUCUGAGUAGCCUAUUUUGAAUGUUUGGAAAUUACCCAAGAGGAAAUGUUUUGGGGCGAGAAUGGUGUGAACAGCAGAGUGUCAAGGAUGUGAGUCUGAGCAACUGGCCUUCUGGAGCUUGAAAAUAUUUCACCUUUCACCCAACAGCCCCACUCUGUUCUGGCCCUGGAAAAGGAUCCAGUGGUGAAGUCGAGCUAGCACGAAAAAUAAUUCUAGCUGCUUGUAAAUCUCUCUCUCUCUCUCUCUCUCUCUCUCUCUCUCUCUCUCUCUCUCUCUCUCUCUCUCUCUCUCUCUCUCUGCCCUGUAUGAAUGAGAAUCUUCAGACCAUCAGGAGAGUGGAGUCUUCA